AUCUUUUUCGGGUGAAAUUUCUCAAUUUCUUCGUCCCUAGCCGGGAGGGACAUGGGCUGUACCAGUUCAAAGGUCGAUGACCUGGAGGCCGUCAAGCUCUGCCGCGAGCGCUGCGAUUAUCUGGAAAAGGCAAUCCGGCAGCGUUACGCCUUCGCCGAUGCUCAUAUCGCUUACAUACACUCUCUCAAAGGGAUUGGUCUCUCCUUGGAGCGCGUCUUCGAUCAAGAUCUCGACAAGUCCACUUCUCCCCCUUCCCCUGUUCUUCCUCUCCCCACUCAUAAAAAAGGUGUUACCAUCAACGUUGCAGCAGAGCCUUCCAGCUUUCCCCCUCCCGCAGCUGCUAUAGCUCGUGAUUCUAAUUCCAAUUCGGAUUCUCAUAUUCAAUUCCAUUCCGAUUCUGAAGACGAAGACCAUGAUGACUUUGACGAUGAUGACUCCGGAUCUCUCCAUCACCAUUCUGGUCACUCGUCUCCUCUGCAUCAUCAUCCUCCCCCUCACGACUUCCACCAGAAUUAUCAGCACGAUCAGGGUCCCGAGGCUUCGUUCCGAGGUGGGUUCAUGACCAUGAAUUAUAUGAGAAAUCGUCCCAUGCCCUCCGUGUCUUACGAGCAGCGACCCAUGAGUCCAGACGUCGUACGUGUUGAAGCUUCUUCUUCUUACUAUCCUAACUCCUACCCUAACCAUGACCCCGCUCCUUACCCUUCUAACUCUUACUCUAACUAUGGCGGUUUCUUCGGUGCUUACGGUGGUUCUUCCUCUACUCCGCAGCACAUGGCUGCACCACAGUCGUCCUCAACGUCUUCCAAACCCCCUCCGCCACCGCCUUCACCGCCGAGGAACUCGCCUUGGGAUUUCUUGAACCCUUUCGAAGCUUUGGAGAGGUAUAAUAACCCUCCUUACACUCCCAGCCGUGACUCCAAGGAAGUGAGAGAGGAAGAAGGGAUUCCUGAUUUGGAGGACGAAGAAUUUAACCACGAAGUUGUCAAGGAAGUCCAUGGCGUCCAGAAGUUUGUUGAUGAUAGUGAAAAUGGGAAUUACUAUAAGAAGGUGGCAGAUGAUGAGGAGGAGCGCGGAAAUAAUGAUGGGGAGGCAUCACUUUACCAAACGAGGCCCAGUGUCUCUGUGGAAGGGGUAGAAUAUGAUGUUCAUUCGGUCGACAAGAAUGUGAUUGCAAACGAAGAGCGCUCUGAGGAUCAGGUCAAUGUGGCUGCUUUUAAGGCUCGGGUUCGCCUUCGUGGUGUGUCAGAGGUUGUGGUGGAAAUCAAGAUUCAGUUUGAGAGAGCUGCAGAGUCCGGCAGUGAGGUUUCCGGGAUGCUCGAGGCUGGAAAGCUACCUUAUCGCAAGAAAAAAUCAGUUUAUCAAGUUUCCUCCAAGAUGUUGCAUGUGAUUACUCCUCUAUCAGUGGUAUCCUCACAGCCUUCCACUUCUAAAAGUUCUGAGGCAUCAUCCUCCACCGAGAUGAGUAGUUCUGCUUACGGGGUGGACUUUGACGAGGGUGCGGGGACGAGGUCAAGGUCGGCAAAUCUAUCAUCUACUUUGCAAAAGCUGUACAUGUGGGAAAAAAAACUCUAUGAUGAAGUCAAGGCUGAGGAAAAGAUGCGGGUAUUGCAUGACAGAAAGCGGAAGCGACUGCUGAGAUUGGACAAGAAGGGUGCUGAGGCUCACAAAGUUGACUCCACUCAAACUCUAGUCAGGAAUUUAUCUACCAAAAUAAGGAUUGCAAUUCAAGUUGUUGAUAAGAUAUCAGUUAAGAUAACUAAGUUGAGGGAUGAAGAGUUGUGGCCUCAACUUAAUGAAUUAAUUCAUGGGUUAAUUAGAAUGUGGAAACUUAUGCUUGAAUGCCAUCAGAAUCAGUGCCAAGCUAUUACAGAAGCUAAAAGCUUAGAUGCCAUUAUAUCUAGCAGAAAGUUCAGCGCUGCUCAUCUUGAAGCUGCAAUGCAGCUUGAACAUGAAGUCCUUAAUUGGAUUUCUAAUUUCUCCAGUUGGAUUGGCGCCCAGAAGGGCUAUAUUACAGCCUUGAACAAUUGGCUUCUGAAAUGUAUUUAUGAUGAACCAGAAGAAACACCUGAUGGAAAACCUCCCUUUUCUCCAGGUAGGAUCGGUGCACCCCCUGUUUUUGUGAUUUGUAACCAGUGGUCACAAGCCAUGGAGAGAAUCUCAGAGAAGGAGGUGGUUGAUGCGAUGCUGGCUUUUGCAGUGGGCUUGCGGCAUAAUAUAGAUCUGUUGCAGACGAUGACAACUGGGGAUGUGGAGCGAAAAGUAAAGGGCUUAGAGAGGGAAGAACAGAAGAUGCAGAAGGCAAUUCAGGCGCUAGAUAAGAAAAUAGAUAUGGUUUCUGGGCAGGGCACUGGUGUGCUUGUGCAUCAGAGAGAUAUGAGUAAUAUUAGUAGUUUGCAGUCUGGUCUGAAGCAGAUCUUUGAUGCCAUGGAGAGGUUCACAGCCAAUUCUAUGCAAGCCUAUGAAGAGCUUCAUGUACGUAUUGAGGAAGGUAGGCUUGCACAAGAAAAUGUCAGGGUUCCUUAGAAAUCACUUGAGAGAUAUUAAUGCCAUCCCUCUGCAAUGAUAUCUGAUUCCUUGGUUCCUCAAUUAAUCCUUCCUGAAGAAUAUCGGAAGUUUGUACAGUUUUUGAAAAGGCUGGAGCAGGCUUCUGAAGUACCAUUAAUAUUGAUGGGAGUCCUUUCACACACCUCGAUCCUUGAUCAUUUCUUCUAAAUCUGAGGCAGUGGCUGUUUUAGCCCCUGGCAUUUCAGGUUGUUUUGGGUUUAUGGUAAAGAGACCAUGGAAUUACCAUUGCUGAACUUCAUAGAUUCUUCUUGAAGUUUUGAGGA